CAGCGCACGCCUAGCUUCCCCGCCCGAUUACACGACAGCGCCAGAGCUUCAGCCUCAUUGCAGCUCCUCCCUCAUCGACGCGCUGCAUUGUUCAACCUGCCGCAGCCAUGGCGGACCUCUCAUCGAGUGGAGAAUUGAACCACCCCAUCCUCAACCUCACGCCCGAAGAAAAGCGCGCCUUCCAGUACCUCUUCCAGCAGGCCGACACGGAGAAGCUCGGCGUAGUAACAGGCGAGGUCGCCGUCAAGUUCUUCGAGCGGACAAAGCUGGCGCCGGCCGUGCUGGGCGAGAUAUGGCAGAUUGCAGAUACAGAGAACCGCGGUCUCUUGACCUCGUCAGGCUUCUGCCAGGUCCUGCGCCUGAUCGGACACUACCAGGCCGGAAAAGAUCCAUCGCCAGAGCUGGCCUUUAGGCCCGCACCGCUCCCCAAGUUCGAGGGCUUGACCAUCCCGGCUGGCCCUGCACCCGGCCCCAGCUCUUCGCAGCCGCCCGCCGCUGGUAUACAACCGCAGAUGAGCGGCGGCCCAAUCCGGGUCCCUCCGCUGUCUCCCGCGAAAGCCGCCGAAUAUGCGGGUCUCUUCGAGAAGUCAGGCGCCGUCAAUGGCCUUCUAUCAGGUGAGAACGCAAAACAGAUAUUCGAAAAGGCCAGGUUACCGAACGAAACUCUGGGUCGCAUAUGGAACCUGGCGGACACCGAACAGCGCGGAGCCCUCGGUGUGACAGAGUUCGUUAUCGCUAUGCAUCUGCUCGCCUCGAUUCGCACUGGUGCCAUGGAUAAAUUGCCCAACACUCUGCCAGCGGGACUGUAUGAAGCUGCUUCGCGAAGAGGACCUGUCCCACCGCCAGGACGACCGAACUUCGCUGCGCCUAUUCCUCGACAGUUCAGUGGACAGAGGAAUCAGAGUCCACUGGGGCGAUCCGCUUACAGCACGCCCCCGCAGUCAAGCCAGCCGACCGGAAGCGAUUGGCUGAUCUCGCCGCAGGAGAAAGCCUCCUAUGAUAACCUCUUCAGCAAGGUCGACACAACGGGCCGUGGAUACAUCACCGGAGAGCAGGCAGUACAUUUCUUCAGCGACUCAGGUCUGCCCGAGGAUAUUCUAGCUGGAAUAUGGGACCUAGCAGACAUCAACUCAGAGGGCCAGCUAUCCAAGGAUGAGUUCGCAGUGGCCAUGUACCUAAUCCGACAACAGCGAAAGCCUGACCGGACACCGCUUCCUGCGGCGCUACCUCUAAAUCUUAUUCCUCCUACCAUGCGCAACCAGGUUCGGCCACCACCGGUCGGUGCUCCAGAGCCAGCACCUCCCGCUCCAUUGCCAAAGUCAGCAGCAGAAGAUCUGUUCGGUUUAGACGCCUUCACCGCGCCCGCCCCUGCCCCUCCGCAGAUCCAGCAAUCGACGGGUGGUUCAGGUUCCUUCAGUAGGCCCUUCGACAAUGACCCGUUUGCAAGCAAGGCCGCCUCCCCGACUUCGCCGUCGCAGCCGUUCCAGCCAUCGCCGCGCAAUCCGGCAUCGACCUUCAAGCCUUUUAUGCCUACCUCGUCUUUCGGUCAAACUCUUACCUCUCACUCUACCGGAGCGUCUGGAACAUCCGCGUCACAAUCUCGAGCGCCUCCGUCUGCCAUGGAUGAUCUAUUAGGCGGCGAGAGCGAUCCCGAAAUCAAUAAGAAACUGACACAAGAAUCGACUGAGCUGGCGAACAUGUCGAAUCAGAUGACCACCCUUCGGAACCAGAUGCAGGAGGUGCAGAAUAAGAAGGUCACUACCGAGAGCGAUCUGAACAGUGUGAGCUCGCAGAAGCGUGAUCUUGAGGUUCGACUUUCGCAAUUCAAGUCCCAGUACGAGCAAGAGGUCAAGGCCGUAAAGGCAAUAGAAGAUCGCCUAGCAGCAUCGAGGACCGAGAUCCGCAAGCUCCAGCAGGACAUCGCUAUGCUAGAAGGGACACGUCAGGACCUUCAGGCCCAACAUCGCCAAGUGGCAAGCGCCCUGGAAGCCGAUCAGCGCGAAAACAACAACUUGAAAGAGCGCAUUCGACAAGCCAAUACAGAAAUCGCGCAACUGCGUCCUCAGCUUGACAAGAUGAGGUCUGACGCCCGACAACAGAAGGGCAUGGUGGCCAUCAACAAGAAGCAACUCGCUACCAACGAGGGCGAGCGGGAUAAGAUUAAGAACGAGAUGAACGAUCUGAGCAAAGCCGCAGAAGAAUUCCGUAACCCCCAAGGGCCAACUCCAAGUGUUGCUAGCCCAGCCACUUCCACCGCGAGCCACAACACCAAUCCGUUCUUCCGCAAGUCACCUCAACCCACCACUGACAAUACCAUGUCCCCAUCCGGGUUCGCUCGCGAUGGGCCCCAUAAAGAUUUUGACAGCGUCUUUGGAACUUUCGCUUCUCCCCAAUCUACCGUUCCUCCGACAUCUUUCCGAUCCGAGAGCCAGAACCAGAUUCCAACCUUCUCUGCUCCGUCGGGCCAUUCUGUUCGCUCAUCCGAGGGCCCAGAUGUGCCGACGCCAUCAACAUCCCCUCCCCUUUCUUCCUACCAAGAGAGCCCGCGGGGUGGAGAGCCCCCAGCUCCGCCGGAAUCGCGCCAGUUUGCUUCCGCUUUCUUACCGCUGAGGGAUAAUGUGCCCCGAUCAGACUCGUUUAGCUCAUCGGUCAAGGUGUCCGCACCAGCAAGCAGGUAUGGCGGUCCCGGCGGCCCUGGGAACGAGACACCCACGAUUUCCAAGGCCUCCCCGGCCAGUACCCCAGUUCCGGAGAAGCCCGCUGUUGAACGUACCGACACGCAGCGGACAGAGACCGACAACUUCCAGCCUUCUCUCUUCGACAGGAACACAACCGCGUCUCCAGUGGCAAGUACUACCAGUGAUACGAAGUCCAUUCCCAAGGCCGAAGAGCGGAAGGAUACCUUUCCAGGCUUUGGAGGCCCGUUGCCCAAUAAGGAUAUCCCCGGCGCUUUCCCUAGGGAUACCAGCUCCCCGCUUCAACAAAUGCCCACGGGAGGGAGUAGCUUGAGCGAACAAAGCAAGGCUAACAAUCGCGCGGAUGCCUUCGGUCCCGUCGGCAGCGACCAGCCCCGCCAAGGCGGAAAAGUUGACUUCGAUGCAGCAUUCGCUGGAUUCGGCACCGUGCGUCAAAAUUCGGAGUCCAGCGGAGCCAACGGGUCGUCAAAACUUGCGAGCAAAUUUAACAAAGAGUUUCCGCCGAUCGAGGAUCUCAGUCGCGACGAUGACAGCGACAGCACAAGCGAGCAAGGUUUUGCUGAUAACUUCACUUCGGCAUCACCCCAUCAGAAUCGAUCAAGCACUAGACAGACUCAGCGUCCACAGCCCAGCACAACAACGAUUGGAGGCGAUGCUUCGCAUGAUGAUCUUUAUGCACCUCCGCCCCCAACCACACGGCUCGACUCCAGCACGAGCGGUUUGCCCUCGCCUGGCGCACAGAAAUCCCCUCCAACAUAUGAUGCUACUGUCGGCCAAAAUAGGAGCGGCUCAAACCAGUUCCCGCACGAAUUUGGAGGGCUCCUCCCAGCCCGCACUGAUCCCACUUCGCCACCUACCUCUCAGUCACCGGAGAAGUCAUUCAACGCUAGCUCAGGUGGUCAAGGCGCUGCACUAUUCGGCGGCUCUGCUUCCGCAAAAUCAGCGACCACAUCGCCGCCUCCGACUGAUACGCCUUCGUCUACCGUUCCAUCCGAUGCGUACCAUUCGGCAGUGUCCCAACCUGCCGGUGAUGCCAAAAGCCAGCCGGGAAAGUCCACUUUCAAUGACGACUUCGACGCCGGGUUCGAUGACCUGACGGAGGCGAAGGAGGCCGAUGAUAAGGCGGAUGAUGAUCUUUUCUCUUCCCAACAUCGUGAGGGUUUUGACGAGUUCAACCCAGUCUUUGAUUCUCCUGCUGCAUCUAAAUCAAACACGAUGGCUUCCCAACAGACACCCACUGGCAAACCACAUGGCGACGACAGUUUCGGCGACUUCGAGCACUUGACUCAGAGCUUUGGACAGCCAAAGGGACCCCAACCGGCUGCCCCAUCCCAGGACUGGGACGCCAUCUUCUCAAGCAUGGACUCUUCACAAGACAAAACCUCGCAGCAGACGCCCGGUGAUCUUGGCAAGUCUGUGUUUGAUACGCUUGACAGAGAAGAGGCUGCUGCUUCUUCCGCAAAGUCCCCUACGAUGCCCCAGCUCGGUCGCGCCCUCAGCGCGGGAACGGAGCACGAUGAUCCGAUCUUGAAGAAGCUGACUGGUAUGGGCUAUCCACGGACGGACGCUUUGACUGCCUUGGAGAAAUUUGACUACGACAUCAACAAGGUGGGGAACGAGCCCUGCCACGACUCUUUCGCACCACUAACGUCCAAAUAGGCGGCCGACUACCUGACAUCGAACCACUAGGUGGAACUCCCUUGACGUGUUAAAUUGAAACUGCACCCUAGCCGAUACGGAUACAAACGGCCCUUCAAUGUGCGCAAA